UAGCAGAAAAAGAUAAAAAUAUAAAACAGUUACAAGCUGAGAAGAAACUUGACUCCGUCACAAGAAGAAAGUCUAGACUCACCUGUCUACCUGAUGAGCUUUUUUCUAGGCCUUUUUUAAAGCUUUGGAUCAAAGGAUGUACCAGUCAGGAUGGGACAGACGUUGUGUAUUUGCUCUCGUGGCUCCAUCACCAUUGACAACAAAAAAUAUUACUUUGUCCAGAAACUAGAUGAAGGCGGGUUCAGCUUCGUGGAUCUGGUGGAGGGAGCGAAGGACGGGCGCUUCUACGCGCUGAAGAAAAUCCUGUGCCACGACCGGCAGGCCCGUCAGGAGGCUCAGAGCGAGGUGGAGAUGCACCAGCUGUUCAGCCACCCCAACAUCCUGGGCCUGGUGUCCUUCGCCUUCAUGGAGAGCGGYGGGAAGACGGAGGCCUGGCUGCUGCUGCCUUUCAUCAGGAAAGGAACGCURUGGUCUGUUCUGGAGAAGCUCAGAGACAAGGGAAGCUCCAUGCCUGAAAAACAGCUUCUACAAAUCUUUGCUGGGAUCUGCUCCGGUUUGAAGGCCAUCCAUGACAAAGGCUACGCCCACAGAGACCUGAAGCCCACCAACGUUCUCCUGGAUGAGGACAACAAACCGGUUCUGAUGGACCUGGGCUCCAUGAACCGGGCAAGAAUUGAGGUGAAAGGAUCCAGAGAAGCCAUGACGGUCCAGGACUGGGCCGCUCAGCGCUGCACCAUCUCCUACAGAGCUCCUGAGCUCUUCAACGUGGAGAGCCACUGCAUCAUCGACGAGCGCACCGACAUCUGGUCCCUCGGCUGUGUUCUGUACUGCAUGAUGAUGCUGGAGGGUCCGUACGAUCUGAUCUUCCAGAAGGGGGACAGCGUGGCCUUGGCGGUCCAGAAUCCUGUCUCCAUCCCCCCRUCCUGCAGGUACUCUGAGGGCCUGAAGGUUCUGCUGAGCUCCAUCAUGGUGUCAAACCCCCAGGAGAGACCCAACAUCGGCUGGGUCCUGGACCAGGUACAGGACCUGCAGAGUCGCAGUCCCAACACUCAGACCAACAUGGUGUGAUGAUGAUGAUGAUGGUGAUGAUGAUGAUGAUGAUGAUGAUGGACUCUUUAAUUCCAGCUUUAACUGUUUUAGUUUAAAAACGUCUCGUUUUA